AUCAAACAACGCACAAUCGCCCCGGAACGACCAAGGACUCCUACGCCCCGUGGGAAUUCAGACCCCGAAGUCGAGGCCUAGGCCCACCCCCACCCCGAGCCCGCCCUCGGCCUGGCCCGCUCCAGGUCUCGCCGUUCCCUUUGGCCGCUCUCCCCAGACGACUUCACCUCUCUGGGGCCUCCCGGCCCCGACGUCUCCCCCUGCGUUGUCCCAACUGGGAAAAACCUUUACUUUCGGCUCUUGGCAAAACCGGUCCUACGGUCCCGUCCCCCCGGUAGCCACGCCCCCCUCGUCACGUCCCCGGGCCGAACCGGAAGGGGUCGCGCCGCCCCUAGCUCGCAGACCCGGAAGUAGAUGUGCCUCGCGGAAGCCGGGUUUGGCCCUGCGGCUGCUGCCGUCGCCGCGGAGAAAUUGUUGGAGCUGGCAGCCUAGGAAUGAUUCUCAGGGGCUGCUAGAUUCAUCUCUGAUGGCCUCCGGCACUGCCAGCCGCUCAGAGGAUGAGGAGUCGCUGGCAGGGCAGAAGCGGGCUUCCUCUCAGGCCUUGGGCACCAUCCCUAAACGGAGAAGCUCCUCCAGAUUCAUCAAGAGGAAGAAGUUUGACGAUGAGCUGGUGGAGAGCAGCCUGGCUAAGUCCUCUACCCGGGCGAAGGGGGCCAGUGGGGUGGAGCCAGGGCGCUGUUCAGGGAGUGAACCUUCCUCCAGUGAAAAGAAGAAGGUGUCCAAGGCCCCUAGCACUCCUGUGCCACCCAGCCCAGCCCCAACCCCUGGACUCACCAAGCGUGUGAAGAAGAGCAAACAGCCACUUCAGGUGACCAAGGAUUUGGGCCGCUGGAAGCCUGCGGAUGACCUCCUGCUUGUCAACGCUGUGCUGCAGACCAACGACCUGACAUCUGUCCAUCUGGGCGUGAAGUUCAGCUGCCGCUUCACCCUUCGGGAGGUUCAGGAGCGCUGGUACGCCCUGCUCUACGAUCCUGUCAUCUCCAAGCUGGCCUGCCAAGCCAUGAGACAGCUGCACCCAGAAGCCAUUGCCGCCAUCCAGAGCAAGGCCUUGUUUAGCAAGGCUGAGGAACAGCUGCUGAGCAAAGUGGGAUCGACCAGCCAGCCCACCUUGGAGACGUUCCAGGACCUGCUGCACAGACACCCCGAUGCCUUCUACCUGGCCCGUACUGCCAAGGCCUUGCAGGCCCACUGGCAGCUCAUGAAGCAGUAUUACCUGCUGGAGGACCAGACAGUGCAGCCGCUGCCCAAGGGGGACCAAGUGCUCAACUUUUCCGACGCAGAGGACCUGAUCGACGACAGUAAGCUCAAGGACAUGCGGGAUGAGGUCCUGGAGCAUGAGCUGACAGUGGCCGACCGGCGCCAGAAACGAGAGAUCCGACAGCUGGAACAGGAGCUGCAUAAGUGGCAGGUGCUGGUAGACAGCAUCACAGGUAUGAGCUCUCCUGACUUCGACAACCAGACGCUGGCAGUGCUGCGGGGCCGCAUGGUGCGGUACCUGAUGCGCUCCCGAGAGAUCACCCUGGGCAGAGCAACCAAGGAUAACCAGAUUGAUGUGGACCUGUCUCUGGAGGGUCCGGCCUGGAAGAUCUCCCGGAAGCAAGGUGUCAUUAAGCUGAAAAAUAAUGGUGAUUUCUUCAUUGCCAAUGAGGGUCGGCGGCCCAUCUACAUCGAUGGACGGCCAGUACUGUGUGGCUCCAAGUGGCGCCUCAGCAACAAUUCCGUGGUGGAGAUUGCCAGCCUGAGAUUCGUCUUCCUCAUCAACCAGGACCUCAUUGCCCUUAUUCGGGCCGAGGCUGCCAAGAUCACGCCACAGUGAGGGGUGGUGGCAGGACCCAUGUGCUCUCUGUGGCCUCAGUUUCCCCUGCCAUUCCAGCCCCUUGGAGCUGGAACUCAGGCUCCUGGAAAAACCAUAGUAGGCAGGAGGAAACCCAACUGCGGGCCCAUUGAUCUGAGCCUCUGGUAGGGCAGGGCUGGUCCUGGGAAGCCCCUGGAGGCUGGAACCCUCCAGCUUCCUUAGAGCCAGAGCCCCUCCCCUCCUCUCUCUGCAGGCUGCCCUCCUCUUCCCUCGGGUUCCCACCUUUGCCCUUUCGUCUCCAGCUGAUUAACUUCAGACUUUACCUUUAUUAUUUUUCUUUUGUAAAUAAAAAGCACCAAGUUCCAAAGUA